UAAUUGUUUUUAUUAAUAUCUGAAAGUAUAAUUUUUGCUUGCUUUCGUUAGAAUCUGACUCUUGUGCAUUGUUUUUCUUAUUUAAUUCAAGUCCUUAAACAGAGCAACUUGUAUUUUGUACUUUGUACUGAACUGUUAUAAUAAGCUACCGUCAUAUAAUUAAGAGAUAUAAUCUAUUUAAAAGGUGUCUAUUCGAAGUGUAAGUGGAAGUUUUAAGUUUCAUUUUAGUGUUGGAGAAUAAUACAGUCCAAAAAUGAACUGUGUACCCAAGGUUCUGCGUGGAGCGGUCCAACCAGUUGUUAGAGCUCUAUCAACUACCUCAUUUGCUGCACAAAAGCCUGCUGAAGAUGUAGCUUCCGGUGCUUCAUUUAGUUUUGAGCUAUCUGAUACUCAAAAAGAGUUCCAAGAGCUGGCUAGAAAGUUUACCAGAGAAGAAAUUGUUCCUGUAGCUGCUCAUUAUGACAGGACAGGGGAAUAUCCAUGGCCCUUAGUAAAAAAGGCUUGGGAACUUGGUCUUAUGAAUGGACACAUUCCCGAAGAUAUUGGGGGUCUUGGCCAAGGAGUUUUCGAUGGAUGUUUAAUAGGUGAGGAAAUAAGUUAUGGGUGCACUGGAAUCGGGACAGCUAUAGAGGGAACAAGUUUAGGGCAAGCUCCUGUUUUACUCGCCGGUAACAAGGAACAGAAAAAAAAAUACUUGGGACGACUUCUGGAAGAGCCACUUGUAGCUGCUUAUUGUGUAACUGAGCCAACAGCUGGGUCAGAUGUGGCUGGAGUAAAAACAAAAGCUGAGAAAAAGGGGGACGAGUGGAUUCUAAAUGGACAAAAGAUGUGGAUCACUAACGGAGGCGUGGCUAAUUGGUACUUUGUCCUGGCAAGGACCAAUCCAGACCCCAAAUGCCCUGCAAGCAAGGCUUUUACUGGGUUUAUUGUAGAACGAGAGUGGCCAGGUGUUACACCUGGAAGAAAAGAAAUAAACAUGGGCCAGCGCGCUUCAGACACCCGGGGAAUAACCUUCGAGGAUGUGAGGGUACCAAAAGAAAAUGUUCUUAUAGGAGAAGGCGCAGGCUUUAAGAUAGCCAUGGGUUGUUUUGAUAUAACUAGACCACCAGUGGCCUGCGGAGCAACAGGUCUUGCGCAGCGUUGCCUUGACGAAGCUUCGAAAUACGCGAACGAACGCAAAACGUUCGGCGUACCGAUUUCGCACCAUCAAGCGGUGGCGUUCAUGCUCGCCGACAUGGCGAUCGGGGUUGAAACCGCCCGAUUGGGGUGGAUGCGGGCUGCGUGGGAAGUGGACCAGGGCCGAAGGAACACUUAUUACGCGUCUAUUGCUAAGGCGUACGCGGCAGAGGUGGCGAACAAGUGCGCAUCGGACGCCGUUCAAAUAUUUGGCGGAAACGGUUUCAAUAGCGAGUAUCCAGUUGAAAAGCUGAUGCGCGACGCCAAGAUUUACAUGAUUUACGAGGGAACGUCCCAGGUACAGAGGCUAAUCAUCUCAAGAGCUAUCAUCGACAGGGCCAAGACUUUGUAAGCGGGAAAUUUGGAACGCUGAUCAUAGAAAAGACGUAUUUUUAACUGAUUUAAUUAAGUGGUUAGGUAUUACUGGUAAUGCUGUAUUCAACUGUUAACGUUUAAAAGACAACUGCUGUACAAAUUAUACAUAUUUUUGUUUUUCUUUUGUUUUUUGUUAUACACGCAUACAAAGACAUUUUACAAUA